UCACAGCAGUAAUAUUAUUCGAAGUGUUAAUUAAUUACACACGAUGUCGGCUUCAUUGGAUUCAUCUUUGGACCCUAUGGAGGAAAUCCGCUUCCGAAAGAAAAAUGGACAAAUCUGGGCAGAGAUACAGAAAGAAACGCAUUUUACUUUUGAUGAAAUAGAACAAAUAAUGGUGAUAUUUUUCAAGAUACAAAAGCGUGAUGAGAAACCUGCCGGGCCUGAUUUGAUUUCACGAGGUCACUUCCGUGACGUGCUGCAUACCGGGCUGGGCAUGACGGACGCAUAUAUGAUGGAGCGCGUCAUGGUGGCUCUGGACCGAGGCACGUCGCCCUACGUCACGAUGGCCACCUUCGCCAAGGCCAUGUCGCUCUACCUGCGAGGAAACCUGGAGGAGCGUAUCACAUACGCAUUCACGUGCUACGACUUAUUGAGUGAAGGUCACUUACGAAGAGAAACAAUGUACCAGCUGAUGAAGAAAAGCCUGGCAAAGGCAUCCCGAGACGACGACGUUGAAGAGGCAGUUAAGGAAUUCGUCGAUAUAAUGUUGAAGAGAAUGGACGUAGACCUGGACGGGGUGAUCAACUUCCAGGACUUCCAUACGGCCGUGGUGAAGACGCCCUCGCUGUUGGAGAGCCUCGGCUACUGCCUGCCGGAGCGCACGGCGGUCUACUCCUUCAUCGCCACCUGGUGCCCUUUGUGGGAAAAAAUGUGA